AUAAAAACUGGCAGAGGCAGAGACAGGACCGAGCUUUGGCUGAGCCUGUGCCAGAGAGAGGAGAAAAAAAUGCCAAGUGGAAACAAACCCAGUGGAGAAGCAGCCAGUGGAGAAAAAGCAACCCGAAAACAGCACCGGUGACACCAAGGAAAACACCAAAAAGGUUUGAUACGGGGGGAACUCACAGUGCUGAUAGGAGGGGAGGACACUGCAGGCACAAUGGCUUUCUUCCUCAAACCACGGCCAUGCACGUGGGACCUUGCCCUGGACUACUACACUGCCAAACAGUUUGAAGUGGAUGUGACCCUGGAUCCCGCCACAGUGGGUCCUGAGGUGAUCCUCUCCGAGGACCUCAAAGAGGCCACUUGGGGCAGACCUCAACACCAGUGGCCUGAGGGUCCCGGCCGGUUCGACACAGAUCCGUGCAUGCUGGGCAGCGAGGGCUUCACCUCAGGCCGUCACUACUGGGAGGUGGAGGCCAAUGGGCGCUUCUGGGCCGUGGGAGUGGCCCGUGAGUCAGUUCAGAGGAAAGGCCGGGUCCUCUUCAAGCCCAGCGCUGAGAUUUGGGGCUUGCAGAAGUAUGAUGAGCUCUGUGUUGCCCUCACAGCUCCAUCCAACACCUUCAUCCCGCUCCUCAAUGGGGACAUUGGGGUCUACCUGGACUACGAGGUGGGACAGGUCUCCUUCUAUGCUGUUGGCAGCCGCCAGUGCAUCUUCACCUUCCCUGUAGCUUCCUUCAGUGGGGAGAAGGUCUUCCCCUACUUCUGUGUGCUCCUCUCAACCAUCAAACUGUCCCCCAAGGGCUGAUGUGCUGACAGGAUCCUUCCACAGCUGGUUGCACCAUGGUGUUUGGAAUGCUCCUUGGUGCUCCUCCAGUCUUCUCUUCCAGGUCUUGGAGUCCUUUCCAGCUCAACUCAUGGUCCUACCUUCAUCACAGAUGUCUUUAUUUUGGGUUAUGUCCAGGGGAUUUUGAGUCUGAGCUCAGCACAGCUCAUCUCAUCUCAUCUCAAAGCCACUGUCAUUAAAUUUAUCCAGAGCUUGUUAACAGAAGCAGGGCUUCACUGAACUAGUUUUGACCUGAAAACUUGACUUUUUCUCCCAGAUGUCCUUCUCUGAUAAUUCCUUUGCUGACCCCAAUGCCCAUCACUGGCCAGGCUUCCAACCCAGAUUAAAAAUCUUAAAUUUUGCAGGCUUUGCAUUAAUGCCAGCUGCUGCCUCAUUUUAAAACUGAUUUUGUCAUCACAAGGAUAUGCUCACACUCACUUCCCCCACUCUUUCCCUCUCCAUGCUCAGGAUGUAUUUCCAAGUAAUUAACGUGCAAUUUAUAUAAAUGUGCUCAGAAUAAAUUUUUUUUUCUAAGAA